AUCUCUUCAAUAGAUCGUGUAAUGAUAUGAUUGAAGAUUUACAAAUGGGAAAUAACCCAACUGACAUUCCAAAAGAGAUCGGAGAUAUGGUUCAGACAUCAUACAUUUUUAUGGUUCAAACAAGCAUUGGUGCUUCCAACGUUUUGGAAAAAAGUUUUACGGUGAAAAAAAUUGCUUCAAACCCUGCUUUGGUGCCCAAUUUCAAGGCAAAAUAUGAAGAUUCUGUGAUAAAAAACAUUGCAAAUACUGAUGAGAUCGUGGUUAUCGAUGAAGAUGAGAAUGUGAUUGUUGAUGAUGGUGUUACUCCGAUAUGUGAUAGUUCUGCCGUGGAAGCUGGCGACGGUGAUUUAGAAAACAAUGUUGACCUACUAAAGGACAAUGUGCUUUUUACUCAUGCCAAGAGAACAUAUGCAGCCAAUGAUACCAACUAAUAUGUGGCAUGAUCUUUUAAGUUAUUUUUUACUCAUUUUGAGACUUAUUUUAUUUGGGAUUACUUUCAGUUGAUUGUUGUUGAAUAUU